AUGAGCGAAGAAAAGGUUCAUGACCGCGUCGACGACGGCGAGAAGGUCGAAGCUGCCGACAACAGCAGCGUCUCAGCAUUGAUUUCCAAGGCUCGCCAGGAGGGUUUGAAGCCGAUUUUUCUCGCAAAAGUCGAAGUGCUCAACCACGCGAUUGCUGAAUGCGGAAUGGGCCGAUACCAAUGGGAACUAUUCUUCACGGCUGGCUUCGGCUGGUUCGCAGACAACCUAUGGCUGCAAGCUAUCGCCAUCCUCAUGCCCUCUAUCGCCAACCAACACAACUUCCCUGACUACUCGAGCAACAUCCGCAUGGCUACGUUUGCCUUGUACGUCGGUUUAAUCUGUGGGGCGACUUUCUGGGGCAUGACCUGUGAUGUUAUUGGCCGGCGUACGGCUUGGAAUGCGACACUGUUCAUUUCUGGAAUUUUUGGUAUUGCCGCUGGGGCCUCACCGAACUUUGUAACAUUGGGCGCUAUGUUGGCGCUCAUCGGAUUUGGGGUAGGAGGAAAUCUUCCCGUCGACGGAGCGCUGUUCUUGGAAUUCCUUCCAGGUCCAUAUCAGUAUCUCCUCACCCUGCUGUCAGUCUGGUGGGCAAUUGGCCAAGUUGUUGGCUCACUUAUCUCUUGGGUUUUCCUUGCGAAAUUUUCCUGCAACGCAGAUCUUAUUGGUACUCUGGUCAAUGGCGCGGUAUAUCGGUGCGACAACACAAAUAACAACGGCUGGCGAUAUUCAUACUAUACCAUGGGUGCACUCAUGGUUGUCAUGGGCGUCUUCCGAUUUUUCUGCUUCCCGAUGGAUGAAUCACCAAAGUUCCUCCUCAGUAUCGGGCGCGAUCAGGAAGCCGUUGAUGUCAUUCACCGUAUCGCGAAAAAGAACAAAGUCAAAUCCAACCUCACUGUGCAACACCUCCUCGAUGCCGCAACUCCAUAUCUUGAGCCAGGAUCUGAAAUGCCCCAAGUCAAAUUCACGACAUGGGGUCUGCUUGUCAAUGGCCUAGAGCAUCUCAGUUUCGAUAAUGUCCGCGGUCUUUUUGCUACGCCGCGACUAGCCUACUCGUCCAGUCUGAUCAUUUUCAUUUAUGGUGCACUUGGACUGGCGUAUCCACUUUUCAACGCAUUCUUGGGAGCAUAUUUGUCCAGCCGUGAAAAGGACACGGGAAAUACUGGGAUCGAUGCAACAUAUUCUGCCUACACCUACCAGGCAGCAUGCGGAGUGGGUGGCUCUAUACUAGCCGCUGCAAUGGUUCAAUGGUCCCGGACUGGUCGUAAAUUUUCAAUGGCCAUAUUCACCAUCCUCUCUGGCGUGUUCCUGUUUGCACUCACGGCUGCUCGCACGUCCGUUCAAGUGAAUGCACUCGUCUCCAUUGCGAGUUUCUGGGAGAACGCCUUUUACGGAGUUCUGUAUGGCUAUGCGCCUGAGGUAUUCCCAACCCCUCGCCGCGGCACAGGCGAUGCAUUUGCGGCUGCCUCAAGUCGUGUCACCGGUCUCUUCGCUCCCAUCAUUGCGGUGUACAGUAAUGCGGGAAAAACUCCGAACGGCCCGGUUUACGCCAGUGCUGCCAUCUUCAUCUUUACCGGGCUGACGAUGCUCGGACUUCCCAUAGAGACCGUGGGGGUUACAGCACUGUAA